GAGUACCAGCUGUCAAGGUUAAUAAUAUAAAAUUUAAUGAUGGUGGUGGUGGUGGGUAUUUUAGGAUGCAGGCAUACCACAUGUGCCAUGUGGUUAAUAAGUUUGCCACCAUGUGGUUUUCGGUCCAGUCUUAUUUUUUUGGGAUAUAUUUCUGUUAGUUUGAGAAUUAUGGAAGUAGAUUAGAAACUUCAGGUGUGUGCUCUGUUUGUGUUGGCAUGAUAUGACCAAAUUUGAUGCAUGGAACUAAAAUGCUCACUGCUUCUGGUUGAACUCCUGUAAGCUUUAUACAAAUUAUACAGAUAAAUGAAACAUUUGGAUCCGAGUAAAAUCUUCAUUGUGUAAUUUGUUAGCAUGGCUAAGCUUGCUCUGCAACCACAUGGUCUCCGGUUCAGUCCUACUGAAUGGUACUUUGAGUAAAUGAUACCUGCCUAAAGACCCAGGCUAGACAAUGUUUUGUGAGUGAAUUUGGUAGAUGGAAACUCUGAAAGCCAGUUGUGUUUAUAUAGGUGUUUGUGUCCUCUGCUGACUGUGUAGCAACCUGAGUUGGUUUAUUUAUGUCUCUGUAACUUAGUUUUUUUUGCCAAAAUAGACUGAUAAAGUACCAGAUUUAAAAUCAGAAACAAGUACCGAGGUUGAUUCUCUUUCCCCUCCUUUCAAGGUGACUGUCCAGUGACUGAAAAAAAGAAAAAGAAAUAUUUAUCUUGGGCUCAAGGUGUGAACCAUUUUAGUUUUUAUGAAAUAUCAGAGGAGCUUAAAGCUGUUAUCUUCUCUUAAUGUUCCCUAUUAGUGAUGCCACUUAUUUAAUGUAUCCAAUUUGAUUGGAAUUAUUUUUCUCAAUUUGACACGAGUUUAUUUCUGUUAUCGUCACGCAAUUAACUUAUAACACUGCCAGUUGGAGAUUGAAGUAGAUUAAAAUAAUUUUAAUUCAAGAUAAGUCUUUCUCUCAAUUCCAAUAAUUUUGUCAGCGAUGGUGGAUAGUGACUUAUUGACUUGGUGUAAUUCAGUUCUGUCUCCUUACGAUGAAAUCUUUCCCCGGUUGCAUUAACCAUUCCAUUCUUCCAUUCUGGGUGGGCUUGAAACAAAAAUAUCCCAAUCUACCACUCCUAUCCUUUAAGGUAUGUAGCCCUGGGCAAAUAAUAUUAAUCAAUUAUUGCAUUGAUUUGUAUUUGUGAAAGUUGUAUAGGAUGAUUAAAAUACAUAUUGAUAAUCCUAUUUUUCUUACCCACCCUCACUUGUGCAAUGUAUUAAAGACUGUUGAGAAUUAUAAUUAAACAUUGAUAUUUGGCCAUAGUUUUGUCUUUUCUUGUAAGGGGUCGCCAUUUUAUUUAAAUUUUAGGUAAUGCGAUAUCCUCAAGCAGAUACCAACCCUAUGACAGGGGCUCCAUAUUUACCACAAGGAAGAGCAAAUAAGAUGAAUGCACACAAGAAAAUAUGGGAUGUUGAAGAUGAUGGUAAAAGUCAAGAAGCGAACAAGGGUAUUUUUUCAAGUAGCCCUUGGACACCACGUGAUAACACCUGGAGCACUGCAGAUCAUACUGUAUCUCAGCCAUUAAGUGUUGUUCAAAGGCGUGCCAGUAGUUUUACUAACAAUGAAGUGAACAGUGUACUUUCUCCUCGUUCAGAAACCAAUGCCCUUGGUGUAAAUAUGGUGGAAUAUGUGUUAAACAGUUCCCCAACAGGAAAAGAUCUUAAUCCGAGAAUGAAUAGAUUAAAAAAUUUUUCAGAUACUUCAAUGGACAAUUCUAAUGAUAAAAAAAGCAAAACUCCAUCUCCAUUUGAAGCAGGCGAUGGUAGUGAUCUGGAGAAACAGGAUGCUUUACAAACAAAUGGAAUCCUUCAAAACGGAUUAGAUGAAGAUGAUGGAUAUCGCGGAAGCCGCCAGAACUCCCCUAUCGAUGAAAUGAAGGUGAACCAACCUACCAUCUUGGUGGAUGGGCAAAAAUUGAUGAAGUCGGAGUCGGAUUUUCUUGAGGCUCAGCACACUCUGGCUCAACAAGGGUUUCAAAUUGAUCCUAAUACAUUUGAGCCGGUUGCUAUAGAUCCACUUCAUUUUGACUACCCUAAUCACUUGAUGCCAUCAAUGGACAGUCCAAAUUUCAACAUGGAUUACACUCAGCUUCUUCAGCGUCAACAGCAGCCUAUUGCAGUACUCACACAGCAACAGUAUGCUCUGGCUGCCCAGCAGCAGCAAUUAGCUACUGAAGGCACAUAUACUGCACACAGAGAGAGCUCUGGUGUUGAACACCAGCACUUCAGCUUACAAGGUCCUGCUGUCAUCCAUCCUCAGUACUACAGUGUACAAGCUCCUUGGUUAUAUCCAGCUAAUUUGAUUCAGCAAGGGCAACAGCCCCAUCCUGGAGCUGCUGCACAGUCCGCCGCCGCCGCUGCUGCACUCAGUCAGCAGCAACAACAACAACAACUAUUGCGCGGUCAGUCCGGACGACCUGUUACUCCUCAACAACAAAGUGAAAAUAUACCUGCAUCUGCUCUUCAAGCACAAGCAUUACAGACUCCAAAUGCUCCAGGUUACCAAUUCUUGGCUACUGCAUAUUAUGAUCAAAAUGGACAGCUAGUGAUGGGUAAUCCUCGAGGGAUCGGUACACCUGUCAGGUUGGUUUCACCUGCUCCAGUUUUGGUGAAUACAGGUAAUCAGCAAGGUAAUGCUAAUUCAAUCAGCAAUAACCAAUUACGACUGUUGACCACACAAGCCCAACAGGCUCAGACUCCUCCUGUCAUUUAUUCUAGUAACAACUCUAGCAACAGUGCCACACCUCAGCAAAACAAUACCCUUGGUGGAAGUGGAUACACCCCGUCAAGUACUCUGCCUGGUUACACUCAAGUUACAUCAAGUCUAUUCACACCCAUUAGUGCCAACCUGGGGCUUACACCACAACAGCAAAACAACUACAAUGGGCCGGCUGCUAGUCUUGGUGGCUCUGCCCCUGGAGCAAUUGGUUCUGGGUUAAAUAACCAACGUCGUGAUUCAUUAGAUUUUAAAAGACAACAGCCAACAUCGGUGCUGUUUAACCAGUAUUACAAUCCCAUUGGUGGUAUGUCUGGUGCUCCAGCUGGACCAAUGGGUCUUGUACAACCAGGUCAGUCAGUCACACCUCCACCUUCCUUGUCAGGUUCCACAUCAAAUCUGUCAAUAGGGUUGGGUAAUACAGGCAGAUUGGUUUCUGCUGCUCCUGGUGCUGAAACUAGAUUUCGUAAUGGCCCCCUGCCCCCUGGUGGUGGUGGCGGCGGUGGUAGUGGUGGACUUCUCACUGGUGGCGCAUUAUUCAAUCGCACACACAGGAGUGCCAGUCUAUCCAAAGAAGUGUCUGGGAGGAGUCGUUUACUGGAGGACUUCCGAAAUAACAGAAUUCCAAAUCUCCUCCUCAAAGAUCUUGCCAAUCAUGUUGUAGAAUUUUCACAAGAUCAACAUGGAUCCCGAUUUAUCCAACAAAAGCUGGAGAGAGCAACUCCACAAGAGAAAGCCAUGGUCUUUAAUGAGAUCCUUUCUGCUGCUUAUAGUUUAAUGACAGAUGUGUUUGGGAAUUACGUUAUUCAGAAGUUCUUUGAAUUUGGUGUUAUUGAGCAGAAGCAAACAUUGGCUCAACGUGUGCGUGGCCAUGUUCUUUCUUUAGCACUGCAGAUGUAUGGCUGUCGGGUCAUUCAAAAGGCUUUGGAGUCUAUUCCAUCUGACAUGCAGGUUGAAAUUGUAAAAGAAUUAGAUGGACAUGUACUAAAGUGUGUCAAAGACCAGAAUGGAAACCAUGUUGUACAGAAAUGUAUCGAGUGUGUUGAACCAAAUCAUCUUCAGUUCAUUAUUGAUGCUUUUAAAGGACAUGUGUUCAGUUUGUCUACACACCCGUAUGGUUGCAGAGUGAUCCAACGCAUUCUUGAACACUGUACUGCAGAACAAACAACUCCCAUUCUUGAGGAACUCCAUGAACAUACUGAAAGACUUGUUCAAGACCAGUAUGGUAAUUAUGUUGUGCAGCAUGUUUUGGAACAUGGACGAGCUGAAGACAAAAGUAAGAUAGUUGGAGUAAUCAGAGGAAAAGUACUUGAUCUCAGCCAGCACAAAUUUGCCAGCAAUGUGGUGGAGAAAUGUGUGUCUCAUUCCUCAAGACAAGAACGAGCAUUUCUAAUUGAGGAAGUUUGCUCAAUGAAUGAUGGUCCCCACAGUGCCUUGUAUACAAUGAUGAAGGACCAGUUUGCUAACUAUGUUGUACAGAAGAUGAUUGAUGUGGCAGAACCUGCUCAACGCAAGAGUCUGAUGCACAAGAUCCGUCCACACAUUGCCACUUUGCGCAAGUACACUUAUGGGAAACACAUCUUGGCAAAACUGGAGAAGUUCUUCAUGAAAACCACCCAGGACAUGCCUCAAAUGAACAUGACACAGAAUGGACCUCUUCCUUGAGGUGACCUUUUUUUUCACAGCUUACCUAUUUAGGCAAUGGAUGUUUUAUUUUUGUUUUUUUUUUGUCAUUUUCUAUUUUUUUUUAAAUAAAAAAAUUCCCCCCACCCCCCCACCUCAUUGUCAUAAAAAGGAUAAGUUAGUUAAAAAUGCGGGCUGGUAGAUUGGUUUGAUGACCUUGAUACAGUGUUUAACAAAUGUCUAAUUCUAGAGAUGAUGGUAAAUAGACAUGGAGCCCUAAAUCAAAUUCUAUUGUAGCUGCACACUCACACACACACACACACACUCUCAUAAACAUACAUGCGCACGCAUGCACACACACACACACUGCUACAAGUUAUAACUUCCCCUCCCUGUGCAGUACUCUGCACCAAUGUUUUGUAUCUGGUUGUGGUAUUAUUCCUAUAUAAUGAUCACUUAAGUUGUUUUAGAUAUUGGGAUCUACAUGUAGCAUUAUCAAGUUCAUUAUCUUAUUUACUCCCCCCCAUUUCCCCCUUUGUUCAACAGCUCCCCCACCUCCUCCUCCUCCAUGUCUUUUAGUAUCGAUGUUUGUGUGUUACUGAUUUGAAAUCUCAGACAAUUCAUAUUAAAUUGACAAGUUUGUAAAACUUCCCAUGUUGAUGUCAUGACAAAAUUGACUUUUAGUGAGGUAAAUGUUUAUAUUGAACUGAAUCAUUCUUUGUUGAUGAAACUUGGAAAUUUGCCGAUUUUAUGUGAACAAGCUGCCAUAAUACUUGAACUCACCACAAAUUUCCUGUAUAUGUAUGUAUAUUUUUAUAUAUAUAUAUAUAUAUAUAUAUA